ACUACUACGAUCAGAUCGACAAGAAGGAUCCAAGAUCAGCUGUCGCCAUCCCUAAGGUCGAUGACCAGGAGAUAUCCAGAUUUGGAACCAUGAUCCUGGCUGCAAUCUCACUUCUCCUGGUCAUUGUAACCCUUCCCUUCUCACUCUGCUAUUGCGUCAAGGUUGUACAAGAGUACGAACGAGCUGUAAUAUUUCGUCUGGGCAGACUGAAGAAAGGCGGAGCAUCAGGACCUGGUCUUUUCUUCAUCUUACCCUGCAUAGAUAAGUACUCCUGUGUGGACCUAAGAACUGUAUCCUAUGAGGUUCCACCGCAAGAAAUGUUAUCCCGGGAUUCUGUCACUGUCAGUGUAGAUGCUGUCUGCUUCUAUAAGGUUUCCAACCCUCUAGCUGCAGUGUGUAAUGUUGGAGCGUAUAUGCACUCUACCAACCUUCUUGUGGCGACCAGUCUUAGAAAUGUACUAGGGACCAAGACGCUGGCUGAGAUUUUGUCUGAGAGAGAAAUGAUCUGCCAUUUAAUGGAAGCUAUUCUUGACGAGGCAACACGACCCUGGGGGGUCAAGGUAGAGAGAGUUGAGAUCAAGGAUGUGAGGGUACCAGUCCAGCUCCAGAGAGCUAUGGCUGCAGAAGCAGAGGCUGCAAGGGAGGCCAGAGCUAAGGUUGUGGCCGCCGAAGGAGAACAGAAAGCUUCGCUUCACUUGAAGGAGGCCGCCCUCGUACUUGAGGAGUCCACCUCAGCUCUUCAACUUAGAUAUCUUCAGACUCUCAGCGCCAUCUCCACGGAGCAAAGUUCAACUAUUGUUUUCCCUUUCCCUAUAGAUACUCUGUGUCUAUCCAUGGGACAGGAGAAGGACAAGAGGAAGAGCGAUUAAAAGCUAAACAUGAACUCAACCAUAUUAUUGAUGAAAUACAUCUUAGAGGCUUCGCUUCCGUUAGUGACAGAUGUCCAUGAUGGCACUAAUAGGGGGACUAAAAUCUAGGUUUUAUUCAAAAAUUUAUGUAUCUCACAAAAAUAAUCUCCUAGUUGGCAACCCUGUUUUUCGUAAAAAUAAUCUCCUAGUUGGCAACCCUGUUUUUCGUAAAAAUGCAUGUAAAAUGAAAAAAUUAAACUCCGUUUGAUAGGAAAAAAGUAAUUAAAUAUUUUUUUCGGUUUUAAAAUAAACGUCAUCCUGAUUUUAUAUGUUUAAGAAAAAAGCAUUUGUAAAAAUCUUUUCAUCCUCCCCCCCCCACACCCCCUCGAAACAAAUUUAAGUCAACAAUACUCAAAUGAGCACAAAGUCGCAGCGGCAAUUAUUUUUUUAAUUGUAUUUUAACAAACUACAAAAUUUCUGGCUUAAUCCCGGCAUUUAGAGGGAAACUAGUUUCAAUAAAAUAAUAUUUUUUUGUAUUUCGUCUUUUUUUAUUCCCUAUAUCAGGGCUGACAAAACUUUCUGAUAUAAAGAAACCAGUUUAAUUUAUAACUGAUGGUGUACCUCAAAAAUUGCCAAAUUUCCUUAAUUGUACCACAAUUCUCAUCAUAAUUAGUAUAAAGAAGUUAUAUAUAUAUGGAUCCUAAUAGUUCUACUGAUAUUUUAGAUCAUAAAUCAUUUCAAAUUAUUGUUAAAGUUAUUCAAAUAAAUUUUUCUUAAAACUC